AUGUCUUAUCGAAUACCUAUCGGUCCAACAGCUGGCCAGCAUUUCCUCGAUCCGUGGACUCAUGGAAUUGGCAUCAUGCGUGAUGUCUGCUCGCGCUGGUCAGAGCUUGACAUCACUCAAAUUGGGUCUCUUAUUGCUAUAGCUGGCACUGUUCCUACAGCCUGGAGAUUUCUGAACACUUUGUGGCACGAAGCUUACGGAACGAUACGACGCUUCUUUCUUGCGUCUGUCACAGUCCCCGGUGGUGAUCCUCUGAAUAGAAGUGUUGUGAAGUGGAUCAUGGCGAAUCGCGAACGACAUUAUCGUUCAUUCCAUGGACGAACUGAUGUCGGACAAAAUGGUGACCGCGCAGCUGCUCUGAAAAAGACUCGACACUCGAUUCAGUACUCACCCCAUUGGAACACGAGAUGGCUUUUCUGGGGUGGAAAUUUGUUCCUUGUUACUAGACGCGUCGAUGAUUUCAGCUCCUCACUAUCGGAUCCCAGUUAUGACGGCAUUGGGGGCGAGGAAAUCACCGUGAGCUGUUUCGGCUGGUCGGCUGAGCCCAUCAAAUCGUUCAUUGAAUCUUGUCGCGAAUACUCAGACCGACAAACUCAAUUCUUCGUCAUUAUCUACGCGCGGGAUCGAUAUGGGCUGUCAUGGAAGCCCAAAGCUCGCAAGCCAAUCCGGUAUCUGGAGACUGUUCACUUUGACAAUGAAACCAAACAAGACCUUCUUGGGGAUAUUCGCAACUAUUUGGACCCCAAGACGCAGAAACGGUAUCAGAGUCGAAGUAUGCCUUAUCGACGCGGUUAUCUCUUUUACGGACCCCCAGGAACUGGAAAGUCGUCUUUGUCAGUUGCCAUAGCAGGCGAGUUCGGUUUAGAUCUUUAUGAGGUCAAGAUUCCCAGUGUUGCAACAGAUGCAGACCUUGAACAAAUGUUUCAAGAGAUUCCACCACGCUGCGUUGUGCUGCUAGAGGAUAUCGACGCCGUGUGGACAGACCGCUCCAACUCCGACAGUGGGCAAGAAAACAGCUCUGCGCCAAACUGUACUUUAUCUGGACUCUUGAACGUCCUAGAUGGAGUAGGUUCCGUGGAAGGGCGAAUUAUUAUAAUGACGACAAAUCACCCCGAGCAACUCGACAGUGCCCUUGUUAGACCAGGCCGGGUUGACAUGAAAGUGUUAUUAGGCAACAUCAGUCGCAAGUCAGCAGAAGAAAUGUUUAUUCGCAUGUUCUCUCCCGACUUGGGAUGUACAGCACAUCUGGACAUGGACGAGAUUAAAGAGUUGGCGGCCCAGUUCGCCAAGGAGGUUCCAGACGAUACGUUUACACCAUCACUAUUGCAGGGCUUCUUCCAAUUGCAUCUUGAGAGCCCUCACGAUGCGGCAUCAAGUAUAGGAGCUUGGGUCAAGAAAGAGCUUGAGAGGAGCUCUGAAAAGGAGUUCGAGGUUAUUACGGGGAAAAGAAGAGUCUAA